GCGGGAGUCGCGGCUAUGGAAGCGCCGGAGGAGAAAGAGGCGCAGGUUGCUGCAUGGUUGAAAAAGAUAUUUGGAGAUCAUUCCAUUCCACAAUAUGAGGUGAAUCCUCGGACAACGGAGAUUUUACAUCACCUUGCAGAAUGCAACAGAGUCCGGGACAGGGAUGUCUGCCUGGUAAUAGAGGACUUGAAACAGAAAGCAAGGGAAUAUGAAUCAGAAGCCAAGCAUCUUCAAGACCUUCUCAUGGAGAGUGUGAACUUUUCCCCUGCCAAUCUCUCUAGCGCUGGCUCUAAGUAUCUGAAUGCUUUGGUUGACAGUGCAGUGGCCCUUGAAACAAAGGAUACCUCACUAGCUAGUUUUAUCCCUGCAGUGAAUGAUUUGACCUCUGAUCUUUUUCGCACCAAAUCCAAAAAUGAAGAAAUCCAGCUUGAACUGGGAAAACUGGAGAAAAAUCUAACUGCAGCUUUAGUAUUAGAAAAAUGUCUACGAGAGGAUCUGAAGAAGGCAGAGUUGCAUCUGUCCAUGGAAAGAGCCAAAGUUGACAAUCGUCUUCAGAACAUGGACUUCCUAAAAGCCAAGGCAGAGGAGUUCAGAUCUGGAAUUAGAGCUGCAGAGAAGCAACUUUCAGCCAGGGGAAUGGAUGCUUCUCUGUCUCAUCAGUCACUGGUAGCACUUUCAGAGAAACUGGCAGAACUAAAACAACAGACUAUGCCUUUGAAGAAAAAAUUGGAGUCCUAUUUAGAUUUGAUGCCGAAUCCAUCUCUUGCUCAGGUGAAAAUUGAAGAAGCAAAGCGAGAAUUAGAUACAAUUGAAGCUGAACUUACAAAGAAAGUAAACAUGAUGGAACUGUGACCAAAGCCAAAUAAAUUUCAUCGUUCUUAACACAGUAAAUUGAAUAGGACUUUAAAGAAUUAUUUCGCCAUAGCAGUCUUUAAUAACUUAAUUUCUGUGUUCUUUGAUGAGAUAAUAAUGUCAUUAUUGAUAGGAUAGUGGUUUCUGGUUGUAUAUUGCAUUCUUAUGCCCAAAUACAUCACUUUCAUUUC